GGGGUGUUUACUUUUCUUCUUAUUUUCACUUAAAGAAAGAGUGAAAGGGCAAAGCCAAGAUAUGGGAGCGGAACCCUUGCCCACCAUGGUUACCGUUCCUUUAAUUCUUGGACUCCAACCUGCUGCCCUCAGUGACCACGUCGCACGCGUCGAUUGGUCCCUGCUGGAUCAAAUCCCUGGUGAACGCGGGGGCUCUAUACCAGUAGCAAUUGAAGCGCUGGAGCAUAUACUAAGUGAGGUGAAAACUCACAUGCUUUCUACACCUGAUGAAUCAUCUCCUAUAAAAACAAUAGCGGGAGGGAGUGUUACCAAUACUAUUAGAGGUUUGAGCGUAGGGUUUGGGGUGUCUUGUGGGCUUAUUGGUGCUUAUGGGGAUGAUCAACAGGGCCAGUUAUUUGUUAGUAACAUGACCUUUAGUGGGGUUAAUUUGUCAAGAUUGAGAAUGAAGAAGGGACCUACUGGCCAGUGUGUUUGCCUGGUUGAUGAAUCGGGUAAUCGUACAAUGCGACCUUGUCUAUCAAGUGCUGUCAAAAUUCAGGCUGAUGAACUUACCAGAGAGGAUUUUAAAGGCUCCAAGUGGUUGGUUCUAAGAUUUGCAAUGUUCAACAUGGAAGUUAUUCAAGCAGCCAUUCGGAUUGCCAAACAAGAGGGUGUUUCUGUCUCGUUGGAUUUAGCAAGUUUUGAGAUGGUUCGGAAUUUUAAAUCACAUCUUCUACAGUUAUUAGAGUCUGGGGAUAUAGACCUCUGCUUUGCCAAUGAGGACGAAGCAGCUGAGCUAGUAAGAGGUGAACAAAAUGCUGAUCCAGAGGCUGCUCUUGAAUUCCUGGCUAAAAGUUGCCGAUGGGCUGUGGUGACAUUAGGCUCUAAUGGAUGCAUUGCAAAGCAUGGAAAAGAGGUUGUUCGAGUACCAGCCAUAGGGGAGGCAAAAGCAACUGAUGCCACUGGUGCUGGAGACCUAUUUUCGAGUGGGUUCUUGUACGGAUUAGUAAAGGGAUUGUCUCUGGAAGAGUGUUGCAAAGUGGGCUCAUGCAGUGGUGGUUCUGUUAUUCGUUCUCUUGGUGGUGAGGUGACCCCAGAGAAUUGGCAAUGGAUGCGCAAGCAGAUGCAGAUCAAGGGCCUCCCCAUUCCAGCGGCUCAUAUUUGAUGUCUAUUGAGAGAAUUUUAUUUUAUUUUAUUUUUUUCCCCUUCUUUUUCAUAAUUA